AUGGAGCAGGAGAAUUAUACCAGUAGAGUGAAUGAAUUUGUCCUCCUGGGUUUGUCCCAACAUCCAGAGCACCAGCGCUUCCUAUUUGUCAUCUUUCUGUUCAUCUACUUGGCUACAUGGCUUGGAAAUCUCACUAUAAUCAUCACUGUGAUCUGUGACUACCACCUUCACACCCCCAUGUACUUUCUUUUGGCUAACUUGGCUUUGAUGGAAGUCUCUGAAUCUUCAAUCACGGCACCCAAGUUGUUGCAAACUCUACUCUCCCAGCACAAAAGCAUCUCCUACAACGGCUGCAUUAUUCAGAUGUUUUGCAUCCACUUCAUUGGCGGUACUGUGAUAUUUUUUCUUGUGGCAAUGGCAGCAGAUCGGUACCUGGCUAUUCAUAAACCAUUGCAAUACAUGACUAUCAUGAACUGGAACAUGUGUUUGAAGGUAAUGGUAAUAGCUUGGACAGUUGCUUUCCUUCAUGCCAUUACUGUGAUUUUAAUGGUAAUACAGUUACCCUUCUGUGGUCCCAACAUACUUGACAAUUUCUAUUGUGAUAUCCCACAGGUUGUCCAGUUAGCCUGCACAGACACCUAUAUUGUUGAGCUGUUUAUAAUAAGCAACAGUGGACUGAUUAUUACAGGGGUCUUUACUGGAUUGCUCAUUUCAUAUACUAUUAUCUUGCUCAAGAUAAGAAAUCAUCUCUUGGAAGGAAAGCAGAAAGCUGUUUCCACUUGUGCAGCACAAAUCACAGUGGUGAGCUUGCACUUGAUCUCAUGUGCCUUUGUUUAUGAUCGGCCUUUGCAAAAAUUUCCAGAAGUUAAAUUUGUCUCUGUCAUCUACACAGUGAUUUCACCUGUGCUGAAUCCAAUCAUCUAUACUUUAAGAAACACAGAGAUGAAAAAUGCCAUUAGGAGAUUAGCAGGCAAAGUAUUUUUCUCCCAUAGGGGCUCAAAGAUGCAACAUAUGUUGUCUGUUUGGGUAUAG